AUGUCAAUCACUGACUAUCAUUCAAAAUUGAGAGACCUCUGGGAUGAGUAUGAUGCUAUCAUGCCAUGCCCUCAGUGUCCAUGUCCUGAAUCCAAAAAGUUUGGUGAACAUUGUGAUUAUCAAAGGUUAUUGCAAUUCUUAAUGGGGUUAAAUAAGUCGUAUUCCCCUCAUAGGAGUCAAAUCCUGAUGAUGAGUCUUAUUCCUUCACUAAACAAAGCAUAUGCACUACUUAUUGAUCAAGAAAGUCAGAGAAGUCUGACUAGUACUAGUUCCAACAGCUCAGGUAUGAUAGAAGGCACAACAAUGUAUACUCACAGACACAACACCUACAACAAUGGAGCUGGAUCAUCUAAGGUGUCUUCUACGAAAUCAUUCUCAAGUUUUGGUGAUCACAAUGAAGGAUAUAAUCACAGUACUAACUCUUCAGGAGGAAGCUACAAGGCUAGAAAAAACUUCUUACAGUGUGAACAUUGUGGGUGUAAAGGUCAUUCCAGAGAACAGUGCUACAAAAUAGUGGGAUAUCCUUCAGACUUCAAGUCCAAGAAGAAACUUCUGAAUACAUGGAUGUAUGUUAAUCAGGUGGAUCUCCACUCUAAUCCUGGACAGGAGAACAUAGGUUGCAGCAACAAAGGAAACAACAGUUUAGGAACAUGUCCUCUUUCUGGAGCUGUUUUCACUCCUGCUCAAUAUCAACAAAUUAUUCAUCUGCUAUCUAGAUCAAGUUGUGAGAACACAAUAGCUGAACCAUCUGCAAACAUUGCCAUUACUGAUGAUUCAGUUGAUACUGGAGCUUCACAUCAUAUCACAUCUGACCUUGGCAUUCUAAACAAAACUAGAGAUGUGCCUGAACAAGGAGAAAGUAAAGUUCAUUUACCAAAUGGUAAAGUUGCAUCAGUUACUCACAUUGGAAGUACUUGUGUGUUGAACAAACAGCCUAUAUCUAAUGAUCUCUACACUGUUCUAGUGAAGGGGAUUGGUAAGGAGGAACAUAGUUUAUACAUACUACAUGAAGGAUCAAGUCAAGCUCCGAGUCAGCUGGUCAACUGUAGUGUAAACAAAUAUGUCCAAAAUGUAUUCUCCACCACUGUUAAAACUCUGAGAACAGACAAUAGUUGUGAGUUCUUUAAUAGUGAGGUUCAGACUUUAGUAAGUGAACUUGGAAUUGCUCAUCAGAGUACAUGUGUCUAUACACCACAACAUAAUGGUGUUGCAGAAAGAAAGAAUAGAACCAUUCUUGCCAUGGCAAGGCAUGUUUUAUUUCAAGAAGAUUUGUUUCCUUUCAAGCACAUGCAAGCAUCCUCAGACCCCAUGUUUCCGGUUCUUGACCUUAUCUCACCAGUUGAUUCUGAGUCAGUGUCACUGCCUAGUGUGACUCCUGUAGACAUGGAUUCUAAGCCAGUUAUGCCCUUUGAAUUAUCACCUACUCAUAUCGCACCUCUUAUAUCUCCUACUUCUAUCCCAAUUUCUCCUGUGGUGCCAGUUGCAUCUUCAAGAAGAUCAGGCAUGCCUACUAAACCCCCUUUGUGGUUGCAGGACUUUGUUACACAGCCAAAAGCAAAAGCUAGUUUUUGUCUCUAUCCACUAGCUUCUCAUCUCACUUACUCUCAUAUGUCCCCAUCUUACAGUCAAACCUUGCAAGCUUGUUCAGCUAUAUCUGAACCAGUAACCUUCAAGGAGGCUGCUGUUGAUCUUGCUUGA